GAGACGCCCCGCCCCUGGGCUCAGACUGCGGACUGCUCCGGGACCAGAACCCAACACUCCGCCGGAUACGGAUUAAUUCCUCUUUAGUUUGUGCUGAGGUGAUCGAUCAGCUGUGAUCGGUUUGAUUAGUCGGAGGGGAUGUCCCGGCUGCUGGAGAGCAGGAGACAGGACAGGAUGAAGGAAAUCAACGUAAAGAAAAAGGAGAAGGAGCGUCUGAAGGAGCGAGAGAAGGAGGCGCGAGAGAGGGAGGCCAGGACCAGCAACGGCCACCUGUUCACUUCCCUGACUGUGUCCUCCACCACCCUGUGCUCCUCCUGCAACAGGAGCAUCACCGCCAAGGAGGCGCUCAGCUGCCCAGCCUGUAAUGUCACCAUCCACAACCGCUGCAGAGACAGUCUGGCCAGCUGUGCCAAGAUGAAACAGAAGCAACAGAAGCUGGCGUUGGUGAGAAACAGUUCAGCUCUGCAGAAUGUCGCCAUGCGCACCAAAGCUCCGAUGAUGAAGGAGCGUCCCAGCUCGGCCAUCUACCCCUCAGACAGUCUUCGUCAGUCGCUGCUCGGGUCCAGGCGGGUUCGCUCCGGCCUCUCGCUCGCCAAGAGCGUCUCCACCAAUAACAUUGCAGGUGUGAGCGAGGACUCUGUGGGUCUCAGGAGGAUCCUGUCUCAGUCCACUGAGUCUCUGAACUUCAGGAGUCGGACUCUGUCCAUGGAGUCUCUGACUGACGACGGUGAGUGGUGGUGGAGCCCCCUGCUGGAGGAGCUGCAGGCAGAGGGCAGCUGUGUUCAGGCCGACAGCUGGAGUCUCGUGGUGGAACCAAACUUCCUGCAGACACUUCAUAAAGACCUCAUCAAACAGCAGGAUGUUAUCUACGAGUUGAUCCAGACGGAGUUCCACCACGUGCGGACGUUGCGGAUCAUGGAGGGGGUGUACCGGAGGGGGAUGCUGGAGGAGGUGAUGCUGGAGGCGGGCGUGGUUCACACCAUCUUCCCCUGCCUGGACCAGCUGCUGGAGUGGCACUCCAGCUUCCUGUCGGAGCUGCUGAACCGGAGGAAGGAGGGACUGAUGGAGGGCAGCGCCACCAACUUCACUGUCCACAGGAUUGGAGAGCUGCUGCUCAGACAGUUUUCAGGUCAGUCUGCAGACGACAUGAAGAAACUUUACUCUGAGUUCUGCAGUCGACACCCGAAAGCUGUUAAACUCUACAAAGAAGUUUUAACUCGAGACCGAAGACUGCAGCAGUUCAUCAGGCGUGCCUGUCGUGGUCCUCUGCUCCGUCGUCAUGGCGUCCAGGAGUGCAUCCUGUUGGUGACACAGCGAAUCACAAAGUACCCUGUCCUCAUCCAGCGAAUCCUCGACAACACCAAAGGCAGACAGGAGGAGGAGGCACAGGCUCUGAGCCGGGCACUGCACCUCCUGAAGGAGCUGAUCAGCUCUGUGGACAAGGAGGUGUUGGAGCUGGACCGAACCAGGAGGCUGCAGGAGAUCCAGGCCCGUCUGGACCCUCGGGCCCAGGCAGAGGUCCGAGGAGGUGGAGUGUUCAGAGGAGGAGAGCUGCUGAGGAGGAGACUCCUCCACGAGGGGACGCUUCUCUGGAAGGUCCAGGGCUCCAGGAUGAAAGAUGUGCUGGUCCUCCUGAUGUCAGACAUCCUGGUUUUUCUUCAGGAGAAAGAUCAGAAGUUCACUUUUGCAUCAUUGGACAAGUCUCCAGUGGUCUCUCUGAAUAACCUGAUCGUCAGAGACAUAGCCAAUCAGGAGCGAGGAAUGUAUCUGAUCAGUUCCUCCACCCCUCCAGAGAUGUACGAGCUGUACGCUUCUUCCAAAGAUGACCACAGGACCUGGAUGAGCCGCAUCCAGCAGACUGCUCUCAGCUGUCCAUCCAGAGACGAGUUUCCUCUCAUCGAGACUGAAGACAAAGCUUUACUGCGCAGACUCAGAGCUGACAUUCAGCAGAAGGACAGGGAGGUGCUGGAGCUCCUGCAGGAGCGAGUCACUCUGUUUGCUGACUUUGUGGAGGCGACAGGAAGAGGAGGAGCAGAAGAAGGAGAAUUGGAGCUCAGCAUCUCCUCAUCUAAGUCCUCCUGCUCCUGCAGGAACCUGUUCAGAGCCGACACUCCUCACGCUCCUCAGGCCGAGCCGCUCCUCACCUCCUCCAUCGCAGAAGUGGACAAACUGACGGAGCUGCUGCUGAACUCCAACAUCCAGAGACCCACCGGGACCAAUGGCAACCAGGAGCUGAGCAACGGAGACUCUGGUUCUCUGAACGGUGAGCUGAACAGCAGCUCCUCAAAGGACCGAAACGGGAACCAACUGCAAGAACGGACCCUUAAUGAGGAAGUCCGUCAGCGAUUGGUCAGUCUGAGCACGCAUCUUCACGCCCUGCAGGCUGCUGUGAUUCGACAGGACUCAAUCCUGGAGCUGUCACUCAGAACAGGCAAUACCCCCUCAUCUACGCCAGGCUCUGGCCCCGCCCCCGGGUCCCGCUUAAGUCGGUCGAUGUCCCGGGACACAGGGCUGGACGCCAGUGGAGAGGCGGUACUGCUGCAGCGGCAGGUGGAGCUGCUGCAGGAGGAAGUGACACGGCUGCGUCUGAGGGGGGAGGAGUCAACCAGAGAGGGGGCGGAGCCAAGGAGCAGGAAGAGGAGUAAUGGAGAGAUCAGUGAUGUCAUUAAGGGAGAACAGGUGAGCAGAAGGCGUGGCAGCAGGGAACUGGAGCCCCGACCCCUCGCCCCAUUGGCCAGCCAGGAUCCAGUUGACCAAUUAGACGGCGUUCAGGAAGGAAACGAGGAGGAAGAGGAGGAGGAGGUGAUGAGGAUCUCUCCUCGCUCUGACAGCCCCAGAGACCUGCAGGACAUCCCAGAGGAGAGCGAGUGUGGAGCUGAUCCCAGUUAACGUUGCACCUACACCUGAGCACCUCAGGGACCUCUGCAGAUGUCACUGUGAUGUCAUCGCGGCUUCACAGACAUUCAGAGAUCAGUCUGAUUCAGUCGCUGUCGGAUUUAACCAACGCUGAAGCUGGACAUUAUUUAAUUUCCUGUUUUCUGAAUGUUGCUGUUAGAAACAGGAAGUAUAACCAUGUGACCUGUUUACAUCAUCACGUCAGCUGGAGCUCCGCCCACACGUGCUGGAAUGGGCAGAGCUUUGUAUUGGGAUUUAAAUAGUUUCAAAGGUUAGACACACUACUUUACCCAGAAUGCUUUUGGAUAAUAACAUCUGCGUCAUUCAGUUAAUGAUGCUCUUAAACGGGGGGGAGGGGGUAAUCCCACAGAGCCUGACCUGAUCCAUAAUCUGACCUAUAAUCUGACCUAUAAUCGGAUCUAUAAUCGGAUCUAUAAUCUGAUCCAUAAUCUGAUCCAUAAUCAGAUCUAUAAUCAGAUCUAUAAUCUGACCUAGAAUCUGAUCCAUAAUCAGAUCUAUAAUCUGAUCCAUAAUCUGAUCUAUAAUCUGAUCCAUGAUCUGACCUAGAAUCUGAUCUGUAAUCUGAUCUAUAAUCUGACUAUAAUCUGAUCCAUAAUCUGACCUAUAAUCGGAUCUAUAAUCGGAUCUAUAAUCAGAUCCAUAAUCUGAUCUAGAAUCUGAUCUAUAAUCUGAUCCAUAAUCUGAUCCGUAAUCAGAUCUAUAAUCUGAUCCGUAAUCUGAUCCAUAAUCUGAUCUGUAAUCUGAUCCAUGAUCUGAUCUGUAAUCUGAUCCGUAAUCUGAUCCAUAAUCUGAUCUGUAAUCUGAUCCAUAAUCUGAUCUGUAAUCUGAUCCAUAAUCUGAUCCUUAAUCUGAUCCAUAAUCAGAUCUAUAAUCUGAUCCAUGAUCUGACCUAGAAUCUGAUCUGUAAUCUGAUCCAUGAUCUGAUCUGUAAUCUGAUCCAUAAUCUGAUCUAUAAUCUGAUCCAUAAUCUGAUCUGUAAUCAGAUCCAUAAUCUGAUCCAUAAUCAGAUCUAUAAUCUGAUCCAUGAUCUGACCUAGAAUCUGAUCUGUAAUCUGAUCCAUGAUCUGAUCUGUAAUCUGAUCCAUAAUCUGAUCUGUAAUCUGAUCCAUAAUCUGAUCUGUAAUCUGAUCCAUGAUCUGAUCUGUAAUCUGAUCCAUAAUCUGAUCCGUAAUCUGACCUAGAAUCUGAUUCAUAAUCUGACCUAGAAUCUGAUUCAUAAUCUGACCUAGAAUCUGAUCUGUAAUCUGAUCUAUGAUCUGAUCCAUAAUCUGCCCUAGAAUCUGAUCUAUAAUCUGAUCCAUAAGUAUCUUCAGCCUCAGUAACCCUAUAACUUCAGGGUGUCAGACAGUGAAACCAAAAACACUUUUUAAGCUGGAACACGUUUACAGAAAUUAUGAUUUCAGCAGUUUCACGUCGCAGGAAGUAGGUCAGAUCCUGCAGGGUCAGGUGGGAUGGGGGGGUGGAGGGGGGCUAUGUGUUGUUGAGUAGUAGAUCAGUGGUUUUUUUAAAGAAACAGGAAGCUGUCUGAUUGAAACAUGACAUCACUGCUGAAGCGCUCCUGUUAGCAUGUUAGCAUGUUAGCAUGUGUCUUUUAUACUUGUACAGAACCUGAACAUAUUUUGUCUGGUUGGUUUUAACCAAUCAGCUUGCUUGCGGAUGUUUUUAUUGAGAUGUUGAACAUGUCAACUCCUCUCUGAUGUUAUUUGAACCAAAACACUUUAUUUACAGCCUGAUGACGGACGGUGGCGGCGGCGGCGGCGUGUCCUCGUACCUAAACGACAAAACAGGUAGACGGAGGGAGACUCCCAAAACCACAAACACAGUCCAGGGGCAGGCGUAUCAACCUUAAGUCACAUGAUGUUAAACACAUGGUUAACGCUUGCAGUUUGGUUAGGUUUGGGAAAACAUCUUAUUUGGGUUACAAUAAUUAUGUAAGUCACGUGACUUACGCUGUUUAAAUGCUGUUUAACUUAAAACUCUAAAUUAGUCACCGUGGCUCAAACUUUGGUCUCCUGUGUGAAAGUCUGGGUUUGACUCGUCCACCUCCUUACGUGGACUUUGUCCUCUUUAGACUAGGUCACCUGACUUCCUCCUGCGCUCCCGUCACACGGCCACUAGAGGUCGCCGCCGCAGUAAACAUAAAUACGGGUCGUAAUAAGCUAACACAGCCGGCGGUCCAGUCAUGUUUCAGAGAUCCAGGUUCGGCUCAGUGUGGGCCGGACCUGGAUCUCUGCAGAUAUUUCUUUAGAAACUUCAAAACAUUGUGAACGAAGGAAACUGGAGACAGAAAGCAUCUGAAACCUGCUGCAGUGGCGAAGAUGGUGAUGAUGGUGACGUCUCAUUGUGAUGUAGAGUUGCCGUGGACAUGGACCACCGCAGAAAGUUAAAGAACACCGGAUCCAAACACCCAUCCCAAAGAUCUUUAAAAGAUGAACUUGUUGUUCUGAAGAGUCUGACAGGAGAUCAGAACCAGCUGCUGAAGAUAAACGGCUGGAUUUAAAACAUGUUGAGGUUCACAACAGACUGACUCAGCAUCAUGAGAACUCGUCCUUUUCAGGAAAACGCUGUGUUUGAUCUUCCUGCAGCUGUUCUAUGGUCUUUCUAACAUCCGUCACCUUAAGACUCAGUCUGGAUCCAGGAUCAGCCUGGUCCAGGCCUGAGCUGAGUCUUCUGUUGGUGUAGUUUCCUGUUUGUAUAAAGAUUUGCUCAGAAACUGUAAAUGCUGUUUGUUGUAAGUUUAUUGAUUCGAGUUCCUCAUAAAUGUAAUCAGCUGGA